AUGCUGGUAUGUAUGUAAAUUUUCAGAUUUUCAGCCAAAAUUCUGAAAUUUCCAGCCGCUUCAUAUUCACCCACUCCAAAUCCAUGUGUUUUGAAAAAUAACGGAAGCCUUUUCUAUGCAAAUAUUGUGCCAUGUGAUUAUAUUAGAGAUGAGGUAGGCUUCCGCAAGCUUCCGCGUAGCGGCGAGGAUAUGUUAACUUUAUAGAUUUCCUUAGCUUGCCGCUGCGCGGAAGAUAGUGCCGCUUAUGCGGAAGAUUCCGCGGAACACCCAUAUUCUUCCAGUGUCUCAGUAUAAUCGCCGUCGAUUCCUCGCACAUUUUCGUCGCAUUUUCUGGAACAAAAUCAAAAGAGCAAUUAGUGACUGAGUUAAUUGAGAGCAUCGGAAAACCGAAACACAAAUUGCACAAUGCUGGCUCAGUUCAUUAUUAUUUUUUUCGCGGCUCUCAAAUCGAUGUGGAACCCGAUGCAUCGAUUAUUGAGGGAAGCUAUUAAGGUGAGCUAUUUAGGGGCUUCAUUUUGAUACUAAAUAUGCACUGCGCGGAAGGUUGCGAUCUACAUUUUAGACCGCAAGCUUCGUAAUCCACGUGGCCGCUGCGCGGAAGAUAGUACCGCCUACGCGGAAGCUUGCGGUCUACACUCGCUCCGCUCGAAAACAAAAUUGACGAUAUAUAGGUUCUCCUGUGCGGAAUCUUGAAAAUUUCCAUAAAACCUCGAUUUUUCAAUCAAUUUUUAGAGAAAGAUUAAGAUCCAGCGGGCUCCAAAGCAUUUUCAGGUGAAAAUUCGAGCGGAGCGAGUGUAGACCGCAAGCUUCCGCGUUAGCGGCACUAAUUUCCUCUUCAGCACCCACACGGAUUGAAAUGACGUUUACCAUAUCAUAAUAAUCCACGUGGCCGCUGCGCGGAAGAUAGUGCCGCUUACGCGGAAGCUUGCGGUCUACACUCGCUUCGCUCGAAAAAUUUGCUAUUGAAGUUAGGACAACUCUAAAAACCUCCCAUUUUCCAGAAAUAUCCAACCCACGAGCUAAUAUUCACUGGACAUUCAUUGGGCGGAGCAAUUGCUUCAAUAGCUUCCACGGCUUUCGUUCGAAAUCAUCCCGAAAUUGGAAAUCGAACGAGUUUGAUAACUUUUGGACAACCAAGAGUUGGAAAUUUGGAAUAUGCACAAAAACAUGAUGAAUUAUUGAGGGGAAAUAGUUGGAGAAUUAUACAUGCGAGGGAUAUUGUGAGUUAUGAUUUUCUAAAUAAGUUAGAGUAACUUUGCUGCUGUUUUUCUCUGCACUCUCUCAUAUUCCCCUUCUCUCUCUCUUUAGGUUGCUCAUAUUCCAAUUUGUGUUGAAAGUGUCCAUCGUCCAAUUACUUGUAUUCCAUUCUACAAUCAUGGCUCAUAUCAUCAUGGAACCGAAAUCUGGUUUCCCCAAAAUAUGACAUCUGAUGACACUUAUCAAAUUUGUAGAGGUUUCCCCAAAAAUGAGGAUAUACAGUGCAGGUUUGUUUACUUCUAUUUGAAAGAAUAGUUUGAAAUUGAGAAUUUUCCAGCAAUUCCGAUCGAUAUUAUGACAUUUUCGACCAUCUUUUCUACUUUGGUCAUCAUGUUUCGGAUUACGGUGUAAAUAAUUGUACAGAUCCCGUUGAUUUUUAA